AUGCGACCAAUUACUAAAGAUGAUUAUUAUAGUUUAAAAUAUUGUGAAGCAAUUGUAAAAGAAUUAGCUCGUGUUCUCCCAGUAAUACCUACAUUUCCAAGAUGUACUGAUAAACCCGAUAAAAUAGCAGGAUAUCAAUGGCCAGCUGACACAACAUUUCUAAUUAAUGUUAAAGCUAUUCAUAAUAAUGAAGAUUAUUGGGAAGAACCUAAUAAAUUUAACCCUGAUAGAUGGAUGGAUGAAAAUUUUGAACCAAAGAAGAAUUCUUUUAUCACGUUUGGUGGAGGACUAAGAUUAUGCCCAGGAAAUAAGCUAGCAAUGAUUGAAUUAGUUUGUUUGAUUGCUUUAUUAUUCAGAAAAUAUGAAAUUAAUUUAGUAGAUAUGAAUUUUCCUAAAACUAUUGGUAUCGGUAUUACAGUCUUUUGUGUCGAAUUUUUAGUUGAAAUUAAACUAAGAAAUUGA